AUGCUGAAAAGAAGGUGGUUUGAUCAAAUUCGAAGGAAUUCUCGAAAUUCUCGCUGGAAUGCUGACGCCCAUUUGAGAGCCCAUGAGCGUACCGCGAAUGUUGAGGACGAAGCCAUUGUACGUGUGGACACUUGCCAACUAGCCGCCAAUAAUCCAAUCGAAGAUUUUUAUUCGGCAGCGAAAUGUCUCUCAAGCAGGGCAUUUCUAUUCGGAGUAUUCGACGGGCAUGGAGGACAACAUUGUAGUCGGCAUGUUUCUACUAACCUAUUCCCUUACAUUUGCGCAUCAGUGUUGCAAAAACAUGAGAUAACAGAAUAUCCUCCAGAUCGUAGGCUAGAGUGGUUGUUUAGUAGCUCAGAUGGUCAUCUGCCAAAUUCCUUCAGUGAGCUAAAUAUUGAGAACAUCGUAAAGUACCAUACAUGGUUUCGUGGAAACCCUGAUUUCUACAUGGGAACUGUGCGCGAGGCCCUGAAAAUGGCAUUCGAUCAGUGCGAUGAGGAUUUGUCGCGUCAGGCGCUUCCCAGUGGAAAAGGGACCAUUGAUAGGCAUGCCGCAAUGAUCGCCGCUUCGGGAUCAUGCACGACAUUGGCUCAUAUCAGGUCUCGGCAUUUACAUGUUGCCAAUCUUGGAGACGCCGCUGCUGUUUUAGGAGUUGUGAAUUCGAAUGGGAGUGUUACCGCCAGGCAACUAUCGCGUGCUCAUUGCAUAGACAAUGCGGAUGAGGUGAACAGGAUACGCUCGGCUCAUCCAAAUUCUGAGUCGCAGACUGUUCUACGCGGUGGAAGAUUGCUCGGCGAAUUGUUCCCUUUGAGAGCAUUUGGGGAUGUAAGGUACAAAUGGCCGCUGGAAUUGCAAAAGGUGGUACUUGAACCUCUUGGUCAUCCUCCUCCGAUGCAUCUUCUCACUCCCCCAUACCUCACUGCUUCUCCUGAAGUGUACUAUCACAAGUUGACACCGAACGACAAAUUCCUUGUUCUGGCAACCGAUGGUCUUUGGGAAUGGCUUGAUCCUGACACGGUGGUUCGGCUAGUGCAUGAUCAUACUUUGGGUACGAUCACACAGCAGCCGUAUAUUCCAAAGGCAGGAACAACAUUGAAGGAGGUACGAAGACAGCUCAAGGAGAGAGAAAUCGGGGCAUCGAAAACGAAAAAACCGAUUGAUGAGAAUUGCGCGACGCACAUUAUUCGACAUGCUCUUGGUGGAGUUAGUGGAGGCGCAACGAGACAGUAUGAGAGGCUCAUCGAUAUACUGCAGGUUAGAGUUCCGCCAGGAAGAGCAAGAAACUAUCGCGAUGAUAUUACCGUAAUCGUAAUUCAUUUCAACGAAACGUUUUUGGGAAUGCAAGACGAUGAAGAAUACGAAUAA